GACUGUAAACACAACAGUUGUUAUAUCCCAGAAUGCCCUGCGGGGGGGAACGCACUGUAAACGCAACAGUUGUUAUCCAGAGCUCACUAGUAGCCACUAGCUGCUAUCUGACGUUACCAGGCCUUGCUAUUUCUGGACCAUGUAGCUAAGUGGAUGCCGGUUAGAAGCCAAUUACUAGAGAUGGAUGCCUUUUUGGGAUCUCUGCAAGACCAUGACGUGAGCUCUGUCCUCACGUCCUGUGAGCCCGAGCUGCAGGAGCUGAUGAGACAAAUAGACAUCAUGGUGAACCAUAAGAGGACGGAGUGGGAGGCAGAGAUCCAUGCCAUGGAGCUGCGUCUGCACAGCGGAGAAGAGGAGCUCCUCUCAGCCAGAAACCUCAUAGACCAAAGGAACUCAGAGAUGUACAAAGUGACAGUGGCUAUAGUUUCACUGUUAGACCUGCAGAACACUGGCUGUCGGUUGUUGAAAGUGGUAGUGGGGAAAGAGCUGAUGCAGGUUGGGUUGCUCCGCAAGCAGCUAAAUGAGGUCCAGACAGGGAAGCAAGAGCUGGUCGUUAAAUAUGAGGAACAACUGCAGCGUGUCAAAGAUGAGUUGUCUAAGCUAAAGCACAGCUACCAGAAGCUUCAGAGUAAACAGCUGAAGGAGUCUCGUGAAGGAGCCAAGAGCCGAGAGGAGGACCGGACAGAGGUGACCCGCCUCAAUGGAAAGAUAGAGGAGUUCCGUCAGAGGUCAGCGGAGUGGGAGAACCAGAGGAUGCAGUACCAGAAGCAGGUGUCGUCCUUGGAGACCCAGAGGAAGGGUCUGGCAGAGCAGUUCACUAAUAUGAAGUCCCAGGGUGCAGCGUGGCUACAGGACCCAGGAGGAGGGCGUGCCGGGCAGGCAGAUCUGCAGAGGCUGAGGGGUCAGUUGGAGAGGGCCCAGGAUACACUGCACUCCCAGGAACUGGAGCUGGAACGACUCAGACACCUCCAGGAGCAGCUGAGGGGAGAGCCCAGGAGGGGACAGCAUGUGCUGACAGAGGAGAAGGAGGGGCAGAAGCAGCAGUUCUGUAAUGACCUGUCCAAGCUGACCAGGGCCCUGCAGGCUAAAGAAGAAGUCAUCCAGUCUCUAGAGGAGUGUCUAGGAGCCCAGGGGAGAGGUGGCUCAGGACUACAGCUCCUCAGACAGGACCUAGAGAAGACUACCACCAAGCUACACUCUGCCCAGGCCUGUGAGGUCCACCUGAAGACUGAACUGGCCAGACUCAGAGACAGACUGGAGACUAUGAGCAGACAGAGAGGAGAGUUGGUCACGAGAGAAACGGAGCUAAAGCAUAUCAAGGAAGAGAGGAGUCGCUCUGUGACUGAGGUGAAACGGCUGCGUGAGGAGCUGGCGAGGGCGGAGCAGACGCGCUGCUGGGAGGUGGAGGGCAUGAGGAAGGAGGUGUCCCAGAUGACCAAUGAACUGCACCAGCGUGACAUCACCAUCGCCACCCUCAGUGGCUCCGCCUCCAGCGUGGAGCGCCAGCUAAGUGGCGAGGUGGAGAGGGCAGAGCGCCGGGCGGCUGAGCUCAAGGUGACUCAGGUGCAGCUGGAAACUCUGAAGAUUGAGAACCAACAUCUGAAUGAUCUGCUGGAGAGAGUGGAGUCGAGGUCAACUAUGAAAGGGGACCCCUGCCUGGCCUCUCUGAGAGAGAGCUAUGUAUCGUCUCUGAGUAGCUUGGAGCAGGAGAACAGGCAGAUGAGACAGGAGUUGGCGGAGGUGAGAGCUCGUCUGGAGGCCUCUACACAAACCUGGCAGGACAAGCUAGACAGAUCCCUGCUACACAACCAGUCCAGGGCCGGUCCACGACAAGCACAAGAUGGGAGUGAAGAGGAACUGCAACAGAGACACAGAGAGGAGAUCUUAGCCAUGGAGGCCAGGAUGCAGGAGAACACCUCGCACUACGAAGAGGAGAUCCAGCGUCUCCUCCAACAGCUAGAGGCCCUCUCCUCCUCCUCCCCUCACAGACACCACGUACAGACCCUGGACCACAGGCCCGUCUCAGCCUCCUCUUCCUCCUCCUCCUCCUCGUCCUGUAGAGAAAGCAGACUAGCCCGGGGGACAGCCUCAGCCCUCGUCUGUGUUCCUAAUGGACCUGCACCUCUACCUGUCUCUGCACCUGGUGGUGCUGAGGGCCAGUUGUCCAAUUCAGAGGAGGCUCUACACCUGCAGGCCAGUCAAGACAUACUGAACAUGGAGCGCUGUGUGGCUUCCCCUGCUGGCUCGGUGGCUUCCCGGUACCUGGAGGAGGAGAACCUGCGCUCCCAGGAGCUGCUCCAGAGACUAGAUGCUCACAUCCAGGGCAUGAGACAGGACAAUGUCAGGACUGUUUCUAAAUACCUGGGCCAUCCAGACACCUCCCAACCUUAACCUUCCUGACCAUUCAGACACCUCCCAACCUUAACCUUCCUGACCAUCCAGACGCCUCCCAACCUUAACCUUCCUGACCAUCCAGACACCUCCCAACCUUAACCUUCCUGACCAUCCAGACACCUCCCAACCUUAACCCUCCUCACCAUCCAGACACCUCCCAACCUUAACCCUCCUGACCAUCCAGACACCUCCCAACCUUAACCUUCCUGACCAUCCAGACACCUCCCAACCUUAACCUUCCUGACCAUCCAGACGCCUCCCAACCUUAACCCUCCUGACCAUCCAGACACCUCCCAACCUUAACCCUCCUCACCAUCCAGUCACCUCCCAACCUUAACCCUCCUGACCAUCCAGACACCUCCCAACCUUAACCCUCCUGACCAUCCAGACACCUCCUAACCUUAACCCUCCUGACCAACCAGACACCUCCUAACCUUAACCCUCCUGACCAACCAGACACCUCCUGACCAUCCAGACACCUCCCAACUUUAACCCUCCUGACACCUCCUAACCCUCCUGACCAUCCAGACACCUCCCAACCUUAACCCUCCUGACACCUCCUAACCCUCCUGACCACCCAGACACCUCCCAACCCUCAUGACCAUCCAGACACCUCCUAACCUUAACCCUCCUGACCAACCAGACACCUCCUAACCCUCCUGACCAUCCAGACACCUCCCAACCCUAACCCUCCUGACCAUCCAGACACCUCCCAAACUUAACCCUCCUCACCAUCCAGACACCUCCCAACCUUAACCCUCCUGACCAUCCAGACACCUCCUAACCCUCCUGACCAUCCAGACACCUCCUAACCUUAACCCUCCUGACCAACCAGACACC